GAAGGAACAAAAUUGUGCUUAUUAUAUUCCCGUAAGUGGCUAUUUGAGUGGCAUAAAACUACAAAUACAAAUUAUCAAUGCCUUCUAAAUUCUGACUUUGCUCAUCCAAAAACCUCCAUUAUCGGAGAACGAAGAUCAGAGCUUUCGAUUAAAUCACUUCGUUUUGCCGUUCGAUCCUUCCCGAUCUCAAAAUGAACGACGUAGAUGUGUCCAAGCAGAUCCAUCAGAUGGUCAGAUUCAUCCGCCAAGAAGCGGAGGAGAAGGCCAAUGAAAUUUCUGUUUCCGCUGAAGAAGAAUUCAACAUUGAGAAGUUGCAGCUAGUGGAAGCGGAGAAGAAGAAGAUCAGACAGGAAUACGAGCGUAAAGAGAAACAAGUUGACGUUCGUAAGAAAAUAGAGUACUCCAUGCAACUCAAUGCCUCUCGGAUCAAAGUUCUUCAAGCUCAGGAUGACUUGAUUAGCUUCAUGAAGGAAACAACAGCAAAGGAGAUCUUACAUGUUAGCCAUCACCACAACGACCAUAGCUAUAAGAAGCUUCUGCAUGAUCUUAUUGUUCAGAGUUUACUCAGACUUAAAGAGCCAUCUGUCUUACUGCGUUGCCGGAAAGAUGAUGUAAACCUGGUAGAAGAUGUACUGGAUGCAGUAAAGGAGGAGUAUGCGGAGAAGGCAAUGGUCCACACACCUGAGAUCAUAAUUGACCACAUCCACCUUCCACCAGCCCCAUCUCAUCAUAAUGCGCAUGGUCCUUCUUGUUCUGGAGGAGUGGUACUGGCUUCUCGAGAUGGGAAAAUUGUGUGUGAGAACACUCUUGAUGCCAGAUUGGAAGUUGUGUUCCGUAAAAAGCUACCCGAGAUCCGCAAGUGUCUAUUUAGUGGGGUUGCUGUCUGAGGGGUUGGAAGUUAAUCUAUAUUUAUCAUCUGUCUCAGAUUCUGAGAUUGGCCAUCAGCUGAUAAAUUAUAUAAUCAUCAAAGGCUUGCUUGUAUACAAUUUCUUUUCCAAAAGACAUACUGCCCAGUUCUUCUGAUAC